GAAUUAAAAACAUUGGAUAAUCCGGAAUUUUUAAAGAAUGCUAAACCUAUCCCUGGUGCUGCGGGUGCAAUCCUCCAGACAUGUCACUUCCUAUGCCACCGCGGCGUCUACCAGGUUAAAGCCGCAGAACUCGAAGGUGCGUGAAAAGCCCAGAAAGAAGCAGCCAGAGGAGAAUCCUCUAGUCUCGUGCCGGCGAACACAGUUCAAUUUAACCCAACACGAGCGCCCAGAUGCCAAGUUUGGGAGCCUGGCACUGGCCUCCAGCGGAUGGCUGCACCACAAGUCCAAGGGCGACUACUUCAUUCUGAAUGCCAGCGUCGGAGCGGAGGAAUUGCAACGGGAGAUGCAGAGCGUUGAGGAGUUCCUGGAGACAUCGUCAAUAAAGGUGCAUCCGCAGCUGCUAGAGAACCUGCAAGGGGAACUGGGAAUCCGACAGCUGACCGGCAUUCAGGUGCAGGGACUGCCUAUUGUCCACGAGGGCGGUCACUGCCUGAUCGCUGCCGAGACGGGAUGCGGCAAGACACUAACAUAUCUGCUGCCAAUUCUGGACAGGCUGCUCCAGCGAGAAGCGCCCGAACGCAGGCUUAACACGCCUCGAGCUCUGAUCCUCACACCGGGCCGGGAAUUGGCCACACAGAUAGCCGCGGUUACGGAGAAGCUUACCCAGGGCACGGAUCUCAAGGUUAGGUCCCUGUUGGGCGGCAACACCAAGCAGCUGAUGAUGAGCCCGCAGUUCGAGAAGGUGGACGUACUUGUGGCAACUCUGGGUGCCCUGAGCAAGCUGGUGACCACUGGCAUCUACCGGAUGGAGCAGGUGCGACACUUGGUCCUCGACGAAGCGGACACACUGCUGGACGACACCUUUACGGACAAGCUCACCUAUUUCCUCAGACGGUUUCCCUUCCACUUGGUUAACAAGCCGGAUGCUGGUACACAGCUCAUCCUGGCCUCCGCUACGAUGCCCACAAAUACCAGGGAGAUCCUGCACAAGGUCAUCGAUGUGGACACCAUCCGGGAGGUGGUGAGUCCGAACCUGCACCGCCUGAUGCCGCACGUGACCCAGAAGUUCCUGCGCAUGUCCAAGGCAGACCGCCCCGCCACUUUACUGUCGCUCGUCAAGCAGGAUCUGACCAAGCGACGACCAGUGAUCCUGUUCAGCAACAAGUCGGCCACCAGCGACUACGUCUCCAUCUUCCUUAACAACAGUGGCGUGAACUGCCUCAACCUGAACGGCGACAUGCUGAUGAAAAUCCGCCUUGGCCGCUUUGAGCAGUUUCAAAACGGUAGCUGUGACGUGCUCUCCACCACGGACGUGGGCAGCCGUGGCUUAGACACCACCCGGGCCCGACAUGUCAUCAAUUUUGACUUUCCCUUACACGUGUCAGAUUAUAUCCAUCGCUGCGGGCGUAUCGGUCGCGUGGGCAGUGUGGAUAAGGCUCUGGUUACCAACUUGAUCUCGUCGCGGCGCGAGAUUGACGUUGUCCAGCGGAUAGAGCACACGGCGCGCACGGGCGGCUUGCUGCCGGAUGUGAAUGCCAACAUCAGGAACAUUAUCAACAAGCGGAUAAUGGCCGAGAUGAAGGCAGCGGGGGUGCCGGUUCCACAACAAGCUCAGGAAGAGGCCUUUUAGCCGUUUGUUUUGUUCUGUAAGUCAAUAAAAUGUUUUGUUUUCCUCAA